AUGGCGAGUGGUUUCAGACGGUUACUCGACGGUUGCUUGGCGAUUACCCAACGAUGGUCGACAUCUACGUGCUACAGCGCCGCUAUUAUCGGCGUCAUGUUGAGGCGUGGUCGCAUUGUGCCGCGCGGGUAUGCGUUGACAUCACUGGCUCGAGCAUUGACCACGAUGCACGACCGCUGCUUUGUCUUGAGCGAGAUGCUCAAUGUACGUCGAACAAAGGAGCCGACUGACCCUGCCACGUCCACACCAAAUGAAAAGGACUCGUAG